AUGGUGAGGACGUUGAUGAUGACGAUGACUAACAAUGACGACGACUACGACGAUACCGAUGAUGAUGACGAUGACGAUGACGAUGACGAUGAUGAUGAUGAUGAUGAUGAUUGCGAUGACGAUUAUGAUGAUGAUGAUGAUGACGACGACGAUAACAAUGACGACGGCUAUAACAAUAACGAUGAUGAUGACGUUGACGAUGAUGAUGAUGUUGAUGAUGAUGAUGAUGUCGAUGAAGACGAUGACGGUGAUGAUAAUGAUGUUAAUAACUACGAUGAUGAUGACGAUGAUGAUGUUGAUGCUGAUGACGAUGACGUUUAUGAUGAUGAUGAUGACGAUGAUGAUGCUGAUGAUGAUGACGAUAGCAAUGACGAAGACGAUGACGAUAAAGAUGAUAAUGACGUUGACGAUGAUGAUGAUGACGAUAAUGAUGAUGAUGAUGACAAUUACGAUGACGAUGAAGAUGAUGAUGACGAUGAAUAUUAUGAUGAUGAUGAUGAUGUUGUUAUAAAAGAUUCGAGAAAUGCUGAAAUAUCAACCAUUUCUGAAACCCGUAAGUACAACACGGUCGCUACCACUGACGUGGCCACAUCUUGUACAGCAGCUGCACCAUCUGAUGCCAAAGAAAUCUGUAAAGAAUAUAGGGAUGUUACUACUUACAAACCUCUUCAUCAGUCUCCAAACUUACCAGCAGCUGAACCAUUUGGUGCCAAAGCUUCUGUUUCUGGAAUCUGUAAAGAAAACUUGGAUGCUACUACUUACGGAUCUCUUCAGCAGUCUCCAAACUCACAAGCAGCAGAACCAUUUGGUUCCAAAGCUUCUGUUUCUGGAAUCUGUAAAGAAAACUGGGAUGCUACUACUUACGGAUCUCUUCAGCAGUUUCCAAACUUACCAGCGGCAGAACCAUUUGGUGCCAAAGCUUCUGUUUUUGGAAUCUGUAAAGAAAACUCAGAUGCUUUUACUUACGGAUAUCUACUACAGUCUUCAUGCAAACAAGCACCAGUACCAUCUGAUGGUAAAAGAGCUAUCGAGUUUAAAACCCGCAAAGAAAACUCAAAUUCUGAUGUCAAAAAUAUUUGUCUAUUUGAAGAUCAUACGGUUGAAACUACAAUGGAUGUUAUUAUCUGCACUGAAAUUCACAGAACUAUUUUAGACGGAGCGCUUAAUCAUGCUGAAAUCGACAAAAGGACAAAAUCAGGAAAAAGAAAGAGGAACAAAACAGUGAAGAAAUCUUUUAUAGAAUUUUUGUCCGACGAAGAAAAACUAGACUUCUCGUCGGGUAGUUCUGACAAUUGGUCAUGUAAGGAAUCAGACUCGAGCAGUGGUGAAGAAUACGUCACCAAUAAGAUGAAGAAGAAGAGAGUUAAGAAAUGUGCCAGUGUGAAAUUUGGGAAAAAUGAACAAAUAAGAAAAAAAGAGAAGUCAAUUAAUAAACGUAAAACUACUAAGACCUUAAAAGAUGCAGGAAAAAAUUAUGAAAACAAGAGUGGAAAACUUGUACCGGAAAAAAAUGAAACCUAA